AAGAAUUGAAAUAAACAACUAUUAAAAAGGAUAAAGAAAGAAGAGAGUUUUCUGAUAUUAGCAGAGACAUGAAUGUGCUCUCUCUGGAAUGUUAAUGGGUUUUGAUUCUCUUUCCAUAAAAGAUUUCCAGCUUUUGUCAUUAUCUUCCUCUCCUUUUCAUGUAUACCUCUCCUUUUGUGCUCCUUUUAUAGGCUCAAAGUUCAGCUAGUUUUUACACCACCUACUGAUUUUAUGCAUAUUCAGAACUUCUUCCCCUUUUUUGGGUUAUAAAUAGGUCCUUUGAUUUGGUUUUUGUUCAUUGCAUUCACCUUCUACUUUUAUUAGACACAGCCACACACACAGGAGUAAUUACAAAAAACAACUUUUGCUAGUACACUUUCUUGCAACUUCAAAUAUGAGCUAUUCUAAUUACUCAACUGGUUCUGGUGCAAGAGGCGCGAGGAGAACCUUUGAGUUCGGUAGAACACAUGUGGUAAGGCCUAAAGGAAGGCACCUAGCCACAAUUGUUUGGUUACAUGGACUUGGUGAUAAUGGUGCAAGUGCAUGUCAGCUCUUGGAAUCUCUUCCACUUCCAAAUGUUAAAUUUAUAUGUCCAACUGCUCCGACUCGUUCUGUCGCAUUACUUGGUGGAUUUGCAUGCACAGCAUGGUUUGAUGUAACCGAGAUUUCUGAGGAUAGUCAAGAUGAUCUUGAGGGAUUGGAUGCUUCAGCAGCACAUAUUGCCAAUCUGUUGUCAACAGAACCUGCUGAUGUUAAACUUGGUAUUGGAGGUUUUAGUAUGGGUGCUGCUGUAGCACUAUACUCAGCAUCCUGUUUCGCUGUCGGGAAAUAUGCUAAUGGAAACUUCUAUCCAAUCAAUUUAAGGGCAAUAGUUGGACUCAGUGGUUGGCUUCCAGGUGCAAGGACCUUAAAGAACAAGAUAGGAGGUUCACAUGAUGCUACAAGGAGGGCAGCAUCCUUGCCCAUAUUCCUCUGUCACGGGCGAUCUGAUGAAGUAGUUGCAUAUAAAUUUGGGGAGAAAUCUGCCCAAGCCUUGACUUCAGCUGGAUUUCGUAAUCUCACAUUCAAAACUUAUGAUGGGCUUGGACAUUACACAUUGCCUAGGGAGAUGGAUGAAGUCUGCAGUUUCUUGGCUUCGAGGCUGGGGCUCGAAUGCUUCCGUUGAAGCCAUACACUGGCUUAAUCUGGAAAUUUUUGCUCCUGCAUCAUAAGAAAAGACUUCUAACUUAUGUAAACAAGAAAAUAUGGGAUGGUGGAUUGAAAAUUAUAGUUUGAAAGGCAUACAGUAUAGGUUGGUUUACAGAUAUUCUAUAAUACGUUUUCGGCUUUCAGCCUGUUAUCCAAUAAGUUUUAUGUAACUUUUUGUAAGAGUUAUUUUUUCCCCCAUCAGUUUCUGGGAUUGAUUUCUAGGGAUGUAGCUAAUGAGAUUGGUUGUUCUAUAAAUAUGAUUACAUAAUUUAUAUCUA